CAGAACAUUCAAACUUGAAAUCAUUCAAAAAUUAAUAGGAAACAAAGAAAAUCAGUAUUUCUCACCUGCGAGUAGCCAUGGCGAUGGUUGUAGACUACAAGAACGACUCGUCGUUUCCGUACUGGACUUCUAUUCGCCGUCGUUUUGAGCCCGACUCUCCCUUCUUCACUUCUGGUAACCUGGAGAGAGAACUUCUUGCCAAACAGGUGGCAUUGGAUUUAACUGAAGAUGAAAGGAACCGACUUGAGAAGAUGAUAGAUAAUGCUGCCAGGGGUGUAUGUUGCCUAAUCGUCGGUUGCCGUGCAUGCCUGGCUUCUUUGGAGGACUUUGAAGAUCAUUACAAUGCAUUGCAUACUGCUUCUUGUUCUGUAUGCUCUAGAGUUUAUACAACGUCUCGCUUGCUAAGUAUUCAUGUCUCUGAAGCACAUGAUUCCUUCUUUCAGGCAAAAGUUGCUCGUGGCUAUGCUAUGUAUGAAUGCCUUGUGGAAGGUUGCGGUUUGAAGUUCAAGAGUGACAAGGGUCGGCAACAACAUCUGGUGGACAAGCAUAAAUUCCCGACUUCAUUCGACUUCUUUAAGAAGGCACAUCCAUCCAAGAAAAAGAGGUUGAAGAACCAACAGAAACGUAGAAUGCAUAAGAAAGAUGAAGAAGCUUCCAGCAAGAUGGAAGUAGAAAAUGAAACGAUUGAUGGCCUUGUUUCAGCUGUCUCUAAAUUAAGCACUUCAGACUCCUCUCCUUCGAACAUUAGCUUUGGUCGUCGUAAUGCACGUGGCCUCACAUUUGUUCCUCUAUCCGUCCAGCCACCGCGAGAAAAGAAGUGACUCCACAACUAUAGGGGCAAAGAGACAGAUAGCUUAUUCUUGCAACCGGUAAUGAAAGCACUUACAGUCAAGAUUGGAGUUCAAGUAGGACAGAAAGAUGUUGAAUGCAUGGAUGAUUAAUCUAAGUAGUUGAAAAGCAUAUUCUGGAAA